GACGGUUUACCGGUUUAAGAUACCUCUUGUCUGUUGGUAGUCCGACUAUUGUUGAAGGGUGAUUGGAUUUCAUUUGAAAGUAUGGCGUUUCUGGCAUCCACAUUAGGAAAGAUUGUUGAUGAAUUCCGUCUUGACAAUCUUAUCAAUUUUGAAAUACGAAACCUCGAGCUCUGCUAUUCUUUCCCCUUUGUCAAUGGAUUGAGACUUUGCAGUUUUUCGAUGAUAUAAAUAGUUGUGAUUUGCUCUUUCAAUAAGUUCCGUGUCUCCGAAAACCAACUACUGCUUACUCCUACUUCAGAACAUGAGUGAUAAUUUCUUGAAGUUCAACUCAAGGAGAUCCACAGUUUACUCCACCAGGGGGAUAGUUGCGUCGAGUCAGCCAUUGGCCAGUGCUGCCGGGAUUAAAAUAUUAUCACUUGGAGGAAAUGCUCUUGAAGCUUCGAUCGCCGUUAGUGCUGCUUUAUGUGUGGUUGAGCCUACUUCCACAGGGAUUGGAGGAGAUUGUUUUGUAUUGUUUCAGCUGAAAGAGUCUAAAAAAGUGGAAGGGAUUAAUGGUUGUGGAAGAGCUGCUGGAAAAUUGACUAUACAAGAUGUUUUCGAUCUUGAGAAUAAUGGUAAUCCUUUGAAAAGAAUUCCUAAUCAAUCGGUUCUCUCCAUUACGGUUCCUGGUGCCAUUGCAGCAUGGCAAGAUUCUUUUGAGAAAUGGGGGUCCGGCAAGGUGUCUUUCGAACAAAUCUUACAACCGGCCAUUGAUUUGGCUAACGAUGGCUUUGGAGUUCAUGAAAUUGCUUCUGAUCUUUGGAAUAAGUGUGAGAAAAAGCUUAUAUCUCAAAAUCCAAAGGUUGAUCCUUUGCAAAAUCCUCUUUUGUUGAAUGGUAAAGCACCAAAGGAAGGAGAUUUCAUUGAUAAUAAACCUUUGGCUGAUGCACUUAGGCUAAUUGCAAAAAAUGGUAAAAAAGCUUUUUAUGAAGGCCCAAUAGCUGACGCAAUUAUCAAAACCACUGAUGCAAAACAUCAUAAGCUCACGAAAGAAGAUUUAAUUAAGCACGAAUCAACUUUUGUUGAUCCUAUUUCUAUUGAGUUUGGUGAUUAUAAAGUUUGGGAAAUACCUCCAAACGGUCAAGGUUUAGUUGUACUCAUAGCUUUAGGAAUAAUAAGAGAACUCAAUAACUUGGGGAAAAUAAAUUUAUCAACUUUAAAGCAUAAUUCUUCUGAAUAUUUACAUCUUUUAAUCGAAACUUUGAAAAUCGCCUUCAAAGACGCUGAUGAAAUCAUUGGUGAUCCAAAAUUUGAUGAUGUACCUGUGAAAGAAAUUUUGUCUUCAGAUAAUCUUCAAAGAAGAGCAAAACUAUUCAAUCCCGAUAAAGCCUUGGAUUUGGCUACUGUUGAAAGUCCUUUGCCAGGCCAUCAUCAUCGCUCUAACACGGUUUAUAUAUCAGUCACCGAUUCUGAGGGUAAUGCUUGUUCCUUCAUCAAUUCUGUUUAUUACGGAUUUGGAUCUGGUAUCCUUGUUGAUGAUUUCGGAUUUUGCUUGACCAACCGUGGAGCUAACUUCAACUUAACUUCGGGAUUGAACAACUGCCUUGAGGGGGGUAAGAGACCAUAUCACACGAUUAUUCCGGGCUUCAUCACCAAUUUGGAAAACGACUUUUUUGCAAGUUAUGGUAAUAUGGGUGGAUUUAUUCAACCGGUUGGUCAUGUUAUUCAUUUUUUGAAUUUAACUUUGUUUCAACUCAAUCCUCAACAGUCAAUUGAUAGUCCUCGUUUCUCUCUUCGUCCUUCAGAACUGGGAAUCGACACCGGCCGUGGUGGUGGUGGUCCGGCAUCCACAGAAGUCACUGUAGUGCAACUUGAAGAUGGUAUACCAGAAGAUGUAAUUCAGGAUUUGCAAAAACUAGGUCAUUCGACAGAGGUCAUUAGCGGAUAUGAACGAUCUACUUUUGGCAGGGCCCAAAUUAUAAAAAAUGAAUCAAAAUCUGGUAAAUUAUUACAUUCUGGUGGUUCCGACCUAAGGGGUGAUGGAGCUGCCGUGCCCUUCUUGUGACCUCUACUUUUAUAAUUUAUAUAGAUAUAUAUGUGCUCAGAGUGAUGGGUUAUAUUAAUUUAC